GUGGAGGCGGUGGGCGGCAGUAGCGGCGGUGGCGGCGGCGGCGGGAAGAUGGCGGCGCCCGUGCUGCUGAGAGUGUCUGUGCCGCGCUGGGAGCGGGUGGCGCGGUGCGCCGUGUGCGCCGCCGGGAUCCUGCUGUCCAUCUACGCCUACCACGUGGAGCGGGAGAAGGAGCGCGACCCGGAGCACCGGGCCCUCUGCGACCUGGGGCCGUGGGUGAGGUGCUCGGCCGCCCUUGUCUCCAGAUGGGGUCGAGGAUUUGGUCUUUUGGGUUCCAUUUUUGGAAAGGAUGGUGUAUUAAACCAGCCAAACAGUGUCUUUGGACUUAUAUUUUAUAUACUACAAUUAUUACUUGGCAUGACAGCAAGUGCAGUUGCAGCUUUAAUCCUCAUGACAUCCUCCAUCGUGUCUGUCGUGGGGUCUUUGUACCUGGCCUACAUUCUGUACUUUGUGCUGAAGGAGUUUUGCAUCAUCUGCGUCGCCACUUACGUGCUGAACUUCAUUCUUCUCAUCAUCAACUACAAACGACUAGUUUACUUGAACGAGGCCUGGAAACGGCAGCUGCAGCCCAAGCAGGACUGACCACCUGAUGAACUCUUCCUGACAGUCUGAAAUCCCUUUCUCCAUUAAGUUUAUUUUGCAACAGUUUUGGUUUUAAUUUUUCACAACAGACACUUUCCCUAAGAAUCUUAAACUGAUUUUUUAAAAUAUUGUAAAUUAGAAGGGGCCCUCACUAUUUUCUGUGUCAAUCUUCAUUUUAAAUAUGGACACUAAAAAAGGAUAUGCCAAGCCAAUCAAAGACAAGCUUUAACUUUACUUUGAAGAUGUUUCUGAGAUAAUAAAAUGUAGCCCUAGCCCCCUUUCCUCAGUGAGCAACCAUUGCUAGUAAUUCUUAAUGUGUAUAAAUUCAAUUUCAGGUAUAACAAAUGUGAUCAUGACAUGAAAAUAUUUUAGAAUAGAUAAAUAUUAAAUAUUGCCAUGUUUACAAUAUGUAAUAUGUUCUUAGCUGAUGGAUUGAAACGUAGAUUCAACUAGAAUCCAUUUAUGUGAUAUUUGUACAUACAGGUAGAAAUAUUGGAUCCAUCUCUGCAGAACUUACUGUACAGUUUAGGUGAAGUGUAGCAGUGAGGACUCGUCAGCUCGACGCCGACUGAUGAAGUAGUGAAAAUAGCCCAUACAGAGCAUCUUGUGAGAAGUACUGGCAGCCAUGGGUUCGGCAUUGGCAGCAAAAAAUAACAGGGGGGUGGGUUCCCUCUCAUCUCCUUGUUCUGAAAGGAAGAAACUAUAUUUGAAUGUCCAAGUCAAGUUUGUGUCUAGUCAUGAAACUGGAUCAAUUGCAGCCUUACAGAAUGAGUCCAAGAACGUCAGGACACUGAAGUUGGGAAAACUGGUAUAUUCUUUUUUGGGGGAAAAAACUGGAAAUAUCAAUAUGGCAUUUUUAGGUAAAGGGUCUUACAAUAGUUGAAUUUUCAAUGCAGAUAUUUUUCCUUGAUAUUGGUGCCACUCAGCCAAACAGUAUUAUGAUAAUAACCAGUAUAAACCCAGUCACCUGAGUAGGAUUGCUCUCCGGUACCUCCAUAGUGUUUUCCCUCAUUGUUUCUUUCUGCACUAAGGAUUGUUAGUAAUUGUUUUAGAAUCAAAUGUUGGAUCUGUAAACUUCAGGGCUGACACACUGCUCCGUCUGUUCAAUUAGGAGAAGUCCUACCAGUAGAAAUAUCUGAAGGUGAAAUGCAGACAUGUUGUCACUGCUGUUUCUGGCAGUAAGAAUUUUUUAAAGUGAUUUGAAUAAACCCAAAUGAAAUUGUGACAGUAUGUUUCUAUGGUUAACAUCUAUCAGAAUGUUAAAAGUGCCUUCUGUCUUAAAUCUCAAACCAAAUAUUUUAUGUGUUGAACUUGGGCAGAAGUGUCCUUCCUUCCUUACCAUGAAACAAAACCUGCACUCUCCAGAAAGGUUCUGUAUGAUCAUUUUAUUCCAUAGAUUGAGAAGUGGUAGCGGUGAUUUUGCUUCUAAUUAAUCAUUAAUAGUCGAUUAGACUGGUAACUUUUGAGUGCUUUAUUUGCCUUCUUUUUGAAGGGAGGAGACAGGCUCUCUGCUCUGUAAACUAAAACCUGUAGAGUCAGCAGUUGUUCAGUAGUUUACAACCAACUGUCAUAUAAUUGACACAUUGUAAGUCCUGUGGCCCCAGGCAGGUAUAAAAUCUGAAUUGUCAUGAAUUUUUAAUGGAUUUUAACCAGUUUAUUAAAAGAUAGCUUAAUUCAGAUUUCAUCGAGGCUUAUGUUUUCCCGUGAAUGUGAAUAUUUCAAUGCCUGUCUUACUCUGUAUGUACUGUUCCUGUGUUCUUAAGUAGUUAAAGGACUCCAGAAAGCACUGAAUGUCUGGUGCUUAUGGAGAGACAAGUCCCCGUGUUUGAGGACUGUACAGUAAGGUCCUCUUGCAGCCGAGCACCCGGUUCUACCAAAGCAGUUGACUGGUUCUCUUUUCUAACUAGAGUGGAAACGGCUUAACAGUGGAGACGUCUGUGAUUUUAUAUAUAUCACAGUUGUGCUAAACAAGUUCCUCAUGUCCCAAUUUCAAAUGUUCUUUCAUUGUAUUUUGUAUUAAUCAGCAGAGUAUAGUUAAAGCUUGUCUUGAUGUUGCAUUCUUGCAAAUAUCUACAACUCUUACAUGAGAAAAUAUGUACAAAUGUUCAGCCAGACCCUUCAAAUUUUUCCUUUGCUUUCCUAAGCCUUGGGGGAACCACUGUUUCAGUUAUAUAACAAUUGUUGCCACAUUCCUGUGACCCAGUAGAAUUCAUACCCUUUUUCUCACUGAGAGAUGAACAGGUGCUGCCUGAAACAACAGCAUUUCCCAAAACACCAGUAUCUCAGUAAGCCCCAGAAAACUCCGUCGUGUGCUAUUUGCUCUUUGCCCUGGAGGAAUUUAGGUUCCUCCUGCACCUUCAAUUUCACCCCGAAGAGGGGAAAACACCUAUGUUAUAAAACUUGAAGAUUGUAGGACUGUGUCAGACCCAAUGUUUAAACACUGCAGCAUUGCUAGCCACCAAUGUUGGAGAACAGGUUGGGGGGAAAUUGGCUUUAGCAGUAAUUCCAUGCUUCAUGUUUCUGAAGUGGUUCACAACAAAUCAAGCCUCUUAUCAUAAAUAUUUGAAUAAGAAGUUAUAGUUAGAUGGUAAAUUCUAUGGAGUCUAGGUGGUUUGGAGGAUUUCAUUUGGUUUUUCAUCACAGCUAAUUGGUGUCAAUGAGGGUAAACUUCUGAAAUAACUCAGGUUUAACUAGCUGUGUGCCAGGAAUCACUCUGACUUGAUCUAUGUAUUCAUUAUUUUUAAAGAAUGCUAAAAGCAUUGACUAUUUUCAUACAAAGAGACAAAGAGUUUUCGUUUGGUACAAAGGAUCUUUGGACCUACUAGAACUCUUUGUUGGCUUUUGCUUGUUUUCAUUUAUAUUUAUUCUCAAAAGACUAUCCUUUUAAAAGUGCAAAGACAUCUUGAGCAAUUGCUUUGUAACUAGAUGGGCUGCACUGCCUGACACCAGUGAACUGACAGGUAAGCUCAUAUGAAAAAUUAGUGAAGGGCUGGGGAUUUAGCUCAGUGGUUCCGCCGCCUGCCUUGCAAGUGCAAGGACCUGAGUUCGAUCCCUGGUACCAAAAAAAAAAAGAAAAGCAAAGAAAAAUCAGUGUUGGACAAACCCAGGCAAAGACCCCACUGUCUUUUCUGGUACCUGUUUGGAGAGAUACAUCCAAUACACAGCCUUUGUCCUCCAGCACAUGAGUACUGGUGAAACGUUUCUACUUAAUUUUGGGCAGCACUUAGGAACCCUAAUCCGUGAGAACAAAAGGGCGAGGGUAGGAGUCCCAGCUACUUGGUCUUAAACAUUUUUUGGACAAUUUCGCCCAGAAAAGGUGAAAUGUUUUGUUAUCAAACUGUAUUGAGCAUGGCCUAAAUAUUAGGUGUACAAUCUGUAUAGUAUGUGCCAUCAAAAAUAUUUAUUAUUAGUGCUUUAAGCUCCUGAAUAAACGUUCAUGUAAAAUGGAGUUCACUGGGCAGAUUUCCCCUUUAAUGUAGGUAGAAAUAUUCUUUAUUAGAGAUUUAGGAUACCAUUUUGCUAACUGGUAAACAAAAACAAAUGUAAAUAUGUAAGAAUGUUUAUUUGUUGCACAUAACUUUUUUGGUAUAAAAUAAAUGUAGAAGUUACCUGUG